CUUUUCUCCUUUUUAAGUGUCCUAGUUUGGACAAUAUAUUAUGUGGUUACCAUAAUUAAUAACCUGGCAUCUUUAGGAGAGGUGAGAUACACAGCCAACUUGUAGCUCGCUUUGAGGUUACAGGUAAUCUCAAAGUUCCCUAGUGACCCAGUGGGAUGAAGAUGUCACCGAGAGAACCAUUGAGCUUUCCAAAAGGUUGCUGUGACGUGCAAGUUAAAUCCUGUGCAAGAGAGACUGCAUUACACUGAGGAGCAGGAACACUUAACUCACAAACCGUUUGCUGUACUACGGAAGGACAUAUAGAAGAACAACACGCUUCACCAUGCGCUUUUUUACUUCUUCUCGUGGUCUGAUUGGUCAAUUUGGAAAGAGAGCGUUGGUGUUGUGACCCGCCUCUUUCUUUCCUCUUAGGGAGGAGCUGCCCACAGGAAGUGCCCAGUUAGCUCCGCCCUCCAGGCUGUAAGGUUCCCAGGUACCGGUUUUAUCUCUGCGCCAUCAUCGCCGUCGUCGCCGAGUCGGUUGGGUGCUGCCUGUGGCAUCGUUGGAGUCUGAAUCUUGAACUUCCUGAGAAGAGCGUCUGGGCUUCAACGUUCUUACCAGGAGAUAGGUACCCUGAACACACUAAGCAGUAGCAGUAAAUCAUCCUGGUGUCUAAGACUGUGGAUUGGACAGUAUGGUUUGAAUAUCUGAACCUAAACAACCUACAUAAGUUGCUGGAUAAAAUCAGGAAGUUCUGUGAGGAUGAAAAUCAGGCAACAUUUGCCAUUUGAGGACAUGAACUCACAAGUUGUCCACUCUGUUACUUUUCCCUCCUGACAUAACCGCUCAGUACUGUGAUCCGCCUUUUUAUUUGUUCAGGUCUCUUUGCAAGGAAGUAGACCAGCAGCUGCAAUCAGCUGCAGUCCUAUCACACCUUCAUGAUGUUUCUCUUGACCAGAAAUGCACUAAGAAGGUUCAAGAUUCGAAGCAUUCAACAAAUUAGACAAAGCCAUGAAAAACACUCACCAGAUUUUCAUGACAAAUAUGGUAAUAUUGUGCUGGCCAGUGGAAGUGCUUUCUGUGUUGUCGCAUGGGUGUUUACAGCCACACAGAUUGGAAUAGAAUGGAACCUGUCUCCUGUUGGCAGAGUCACCCCAGAAGAGUGGAAUGAUAAAUAACCAUCCAAGUUACUGUAAUACAAAAUUGUUCCCAAGUCGACUUGUUGUUUAAGCACUCUGCUUCUCAUUAAAAUAUAGCAUAAUUAAAGAAAUAAAAUGC